CAAAAAGUUUCAGAUCUUCAGCGUGGGGCUGCUGGUAAUAGAGCAAAUGAAUGGGGCACCAUGUAUAGUUAAUGUCAUUGAUGAAUUACCUGCCAGAACCGAGCAGCCUUUACUGCGAGGACAUCAAAACAGCAAUGCGAUGAUCACAAGGAUUACUUUGGAUCCGUGCUGGGAGCACUGAAGAUAAUACAAAGGAUCAGCUCGCUGACACAGGCUACGUAUGGUACCAGGUGCGUGCGUGGAAUGUGUGCAGAAUGAGCAGCACAUUUGUUACAUUAGCUGAAGUUUUGGAGGCACGAGGGGGACCUCUGCUGGAAGAGGAGGUCUGGUCCCUGCUGCUGGGCACUGCAGAGUCUUUAGUGGAUGUCUCUUAUAAGGGUCACAACAAUAUGUGCAAUAUCAUAAGCCCCACCUCCUUGCUGCUGUCAGCCACUGGUACCUUAGCAUUUAAGAACUGUGGCCUAUCAGAUGAGGUAUCCACCUUCACUGCUCCGGAGAUGCUGCAGGGCCGUGCCAGCUCAACUAAACCUGCCACAGAGAGGAUGCUGGUGUAUUCACUGGGUAUGACUCUCUACUGGUCAGUUGAUUUUCACCUACCUCAAAAUCAGCCAGUCCAGUUGAGUGACCAUCUAAACAGCCUCCUCCUCAGCAUGUGUGAGGACCUGGCCCACCGCAGGGUAAAUCUCAACUCCAUCCUGGAAGCCUGCGAAUCUCAGCUCAAAGCCUCCAUCUUGCUGCCCCCCGCCAAAGUCAUCAGACAGCUUGUGGAGGAGGUUUUCCAUGAAUCAAUGGACCAGGGCUCUCUGCCAGACAGCAACGUCCCUUUGAGUGGCAGGAGUCAGAUGAUCAGAGAGAGACUUCAUGGAAAGCGAGGGCCACUUUCAGACUUCAGCGAAGGAAGUGCUGAAGGGAGAAGAUACUCAACGGACUCGGAUUCAAAGUCAGGGAGUUUACCUCAAAGACCUUGGAGACAAAGACCGAGAAGCUCUCCCACACCGCUCUACCAGUCUUCUUUAGACAGACUCCCUCGUGGGGUUCGUCACAGGGACAGCAACUGCAGUUGGCUUGGUAGGAGCCCCCACCAUGACAUCUCGCCCAAGACAUCAGGCAGAUCUCACAGUCCUUCCAUCACCUUUAGCGAGUCCUCGCUCAGCCUGAGCCAGAGAAAAGCAAAGGCACUGGGACCUGAAUUUGUCAGAAUGCCGGACGAGCAGCACAUCGUUCUUGAGCUUCCAGGAUCUAUUGUGUCCAGAAAGGGCCGUUCAUGUUCGUCUCAGAGAGAAGUGACUGUAGUGCUGCCUAACGGACAGUACGUGGUGGUUCGCUGUGACACUAAGUCCAGAGCAAGAGAUGUGUUUGACAUGGUGGUGGCUCACGCAAACUUGGUGGAACACUUUUACUUUGGUCUUGCCUUCCUAGAUGAUGAUGAAUAUUUCUUUUUGGACCAUGAAAUAAAAAUCUCCAAAGUUGCGCCUGACAGUUGGAAAAAAGGGCAGAUAUUGUCCUUUUUGGUGUUUCUUCGGGUCAAAUUUUUUGUUGACGACAUCUCCUUCAUUCUGCACAGACUGACUCGUCACCAGUACUACUUGCAGCUACGUAAAGAUAUCAUGGAGGACAGGCUUUACUGUAACGAGGAGACAGGACUGUUCUUGGCUGCUUUGGCUCUGCAGGCGGAGUUUGGUGAUUACAUGCCAGAGUUAUACGGGAAGAAUUAUUACCAGCCAGAGCACUAUGUGUCCAAGAGGAUGCUGGAAAAGCUUGCUCUGCCCAGCAUCAAGGAGGAGUUGCCAAGACUACAUGCAAGUCACGCCCAGAUGCUGCCAGAAGAGGCAGAAACGGAAUACCUAAAGAUUGCUCAGCAGUUACCAGAGUACGGCGUCAUGUUCCACCGUGUGGGAAGAGAGAAGAGGCCGGUGGUGGGAGAGCUAGUUUUGGGAGUCUGUGCCAAAGGAAUCAUCGUUUAUGAGAUGAAGAACCACCUCCGGACUGUCACUAGACGCUUCCUCUGGAGGGAAACUGACACCAUAUCCACUGGGGUAAAAAUAAGUGGCAACCCAGUCAGAUUGUGCAAUGCGCGACGGAAGCUGAUUAUUGAGUGUGGAGGGCCCAGCGGGAAAAAGCACAGUUUUGUCACGGAAAGCUCAAAAAUAGCACAGUACCUCCUGAACCUCUGCUCUGCACAGCACAAGUUUCAUAGCGAGAUGACGUCAAGACAGCUUAACCACACUAUGAUACCAGAUGAACACAUGGAUAAGUACAUGUCUGCAUACAGGGCUCGUAAUUUGAGCCUGAAGCGGAUGUCUUGCUCAGAGAACAUGCUGAACCAUGUAGGUCUGACACCCAGACACCCAGACUCCCUCUCCAAGUCCUGUGACGACCUGACGGCCAAGCUGGAGGCUCGGCUCCGGCAGCAGAGAGAGAUGAGGAGGGAGAUGAGCAGGGAGCUGAACAAGGAGCUGAACGAAACAGCAGACCUCAGGGAUGGAGGGAAAGAGCGACAGUCUUGGAGCACUCCAGAGCCAAUUCCCAGAAUGAUGUCCAGUGUUUCGCUACAGAAGCAGGAUUCUGACGCCUCAUCCUCCAUACGAGUUGAUACACCAACACGGACCCCACCAGAGAGAGAGAUAGUCUGCGUGACCCUGAAGAAAGAUUCCAAACUGGGCUUUGGCUUUGUGAUAGUAGGGGAGGACAAUACAGGUAAACUAGACCUUGGGAUCUUCAUUGCUUCCAUUGUGCCUGAUGGGCCUGCGGACAAAGAUGGACGAAUCAAACCCGGUGGACGCCUCAUCUCCCUGAACAAGACCAGUUUGGAAGGAGUAACGUUCAGUGACGCUGCUGCAAUCUUACAGAGCAGUCCUGACGAAGUAGAGCUCAUCGUGUCGCAGCCUAAAUACACUCUGAAGGACAGAAACAGUUCCUUGAGUCAAAGUACUCUUGGUUUGGCGCUGGAGAGGAGCUUUGGGUCACAGACCACCCUGAGUGGCAACGAGUUUCGUCCUGCCACGGAGGAACUGGAAGAAGCCAUCACACUGUCCAACAUGGCAACCCCGAAACAGAGCAGGAGGCUUCACAUUCCUGUUGUGCGAAUACAUGACGCCCAGGAUGCUUGUUCUAGGUCACCCUCUGUCUUAAGUCUUAAAGCAGCGGAGCAGUUUAUCGUGGAGCUGAAGAAAAGCAGUGGCAGUCUCGGCAUCAGUGUUGCUGGAGGAAUUAACACUAAUGUACGAUAUGGAGGCAUUUACAUCAAGAGUCUGGUGCCUGGAGGGGCUGCUGAGCAGGACGGACGCAUUCAGACUGGUGACAGACUGCUGGAGGUUGACGGGUCCAACCUGAGGGGCGUGACUCACCAACAAGCUGUCGAGUGCCUGAAGAGGACCGGGGAGGUGGUGAACCUGCUGCUGGAAAGGGAGCCUACGGUCAUCUUGGAGCCCAGGCCAGACUCACCCUGCCUCCCCUUGGUCCACAAUACAUCACAAACACAACCCCCCAGGACCGAGGUCUCCAUGGAAACGACCUUGAGUGGUCGAUCCAAGGGCUACAGCUUUGUAACUGAUGAAAACACACACGAAGUGGUCCUAAAAAAGAGUUUGUCUGGCCUCGGCUUCAGCUUUUACAUCUCACAUCUGCACUCGGGGCCAGACAGAGGCAGCGUGGUCCGCAUCAAACGUCUGUUCCCAGGUCAGCCUGCACAAGAAAGCGGCCUGCUGCGAGAGGGAGACGUGAUUCUGUCUGUCAACAAAGAGCCUGUCAAGGAUCUCUCUUACCAGAGGGUUUUGUUCUUGCUACGUGGAGCUCCGUCUGAAGUUCACCUGUUGAUCUGCCGACCAGGUCCUGGAGUUCUGUACGAUGCAGAUAAUAACACACUGAGCCCUGCACUGUUCCGUGAGGUUCGAUCUCGGUCGCUGGACAUCCGACUAGGAGAGGACUACAGCCAGCUCCUUAAGUUUCAAUAUGAUGACAACAUACGCAUCCUGAGGCAGCCCCCCAACCAGGAGGAAGAUCUGACCAAUUCAACAGGGAAAAGCCCAGAACCCCCUGCAGCUUCUCAGCUCCCAGAAAACCAGGAGAAUCAGGAAGGUGAAGUGCAGACCAACCAGGCUCUUCCAUCCCCUCCUCGGUCACCACCCUCCCCCACGUCACCUACAUCUCCUCCGUCACCAGUCUCGCCAGUCUCACCCGCCUCGCCGGCAUCACCCGCCUCACCUGCGUCGCCUACAUCACCUACAUCACCUGCAUCCGGCUCUCCACCAGCAACAGCAGAGCCAGAACCAGCUGCUGGGAAACCAGAGGAACAACAAGAAGUAGAAGCAAAGAAGAAGAACGAGGACCGAGAAGAGGAGGUUGCAACGACAUCAAACUCAACUGUGAUGCUUAUGGACGUCUGUCCUAAGACUGCUUCAGGCUCUGUAUAUGCCAGUGGGGUCAGAGAAGAGGCAGAUGGAAGUGUGACUUACUGCCUCAUGGGAAAUGGACUGACCAUCAUGGCAGAUGAAGAAUAUCUGACUAUCAGCUCCACACUGGAGCCUCCUCACAGUCUUCCCACCAGCAACACUCCAGCAAACAUCCUCCCAGCGCCUGGCUCUCAAACCUCCAGCGGUUUUCAGAGUCCAAACCUCAGCUCUCAUGUCUCCCCUCCCACCAUCUUGCCCCUCAACCUCUCGUCCGACAGCAUGACCACUUGCUCCCUGGCCCACCCAUCUCAGCCGCUCACGACUCAGCCCCCGAAAACCAAACACCACCCUAUCCAGCAGGGGCUUCUUCCAAGCCACUACAAAGCCAUGUCCAAGAAAAGCCGACCUCUGGUGCCUCCACCUCAGCCUCCGCCCCUGACCCCCAUCACAGCUCAGAUAAUCUCCUCUGUGCCUCCCUGCACCAGCCCACCUGCCCUGACGCUGCCCCCUGCAGCGCUGCCCACUACUGCCCAGGUCCACACGCCGCUCAGAGAAGAGCCUGAGAAGAAAGAAAAGGAGUACAAGGACGAUGAUGAGGAUGAAAUGGAUGAAGAGGAGAAGGAGAGUCGUAGAAAGGGUUUGGUUAAAGAGUUUGAGCUGACAGUGGUUCUGACCAAGUCCAGGAGCGGAAGCUUUGGGUUUACUAUCACCCGAAGCAAACUGGACAACUGCUACUACAUACAGGAAAUACUGGACAACCCGGCGAAGGCAGAUGGACGGCUGAGGGCAGGAGACAGACUCAUCACUGUAACUGGGCAUGAUGUUACCAGUGUGGCAGAUGAUGUUGCCAUGACGAUUCUCAGAUCAUCUCCAAGAAGACUGAGUAUGACACUGGGGAGGGCAGUCAGCAACCUGGUGGCUCCGCCUUCCUGUGACAGCCUGCCUGAUAUUGUUCUCUACAAGACACCAUCAGGACAGCUGGGAAUAAAGCUGACAGGUGGCAUUGGCAGCAAAUGGCAGGGCAUCUACUGUCUGGAGGUGGUGCCAGGCUCCCCGGCUAGCGAGGAGGGCAGCGUCCAACCUAAUGACAAGAUCCUGUACAUCUGUGGGAGAUGCACCCUGGGAAUGACCCUGGAGGAUGCCGUCAAAGCCUGCGAGAUCGCCCCGCGUAAAGUGAAACUUAAAAUCCUCAGAGAAGACCAGCCGGUGACCCCCAAGGCUAAGUGGAAUGGCCUGUUUGACUGGAAAAAAGAUAGGAAGUUCUUUGCUCGUUUUGAGGAGCCAGUCUCUCCAGAGAAAGAAUCUCCUCCUGAAGAUGCUGAAGCUGUGUGUAGGACUGCUGGAAAAUUCAGAUGUCUCUCUCUCACCCAAGAACAGGAUAGUUGCAUCAUGCAGGUGGAGUUCACUAAACCAGAAGGAGGAGGCCUUGGCUUCGCUUUGGUUGGGGGAACAAAUGGCAGCAUGCUCAGAGUGAAGGAAAUAUGCUCUGGUGGAGUAGCAGAGCAGGACGGUCGGCUGAGAGUGGGAGAUAUUCUAUUAGAGGUGAAUGGUGUGAUUGUGUCCGGACUGAGCCACAGCAAGGUGGUGGAUAUUCUGCGUAAGGCUGAGGGUACUGUACAGCUCACCAUCUGCAGAGACAUCCUGCCCCUGACCUACUCUGAGGCACCGACGCCACCCAACAUGUCCGCGCACACUGAAGCUAUUUUAGCUGAGCAGCCAGCUCCUGUAUCCAGCCCUGAUGCCUGUACUUCACCGGAUGUCAUGCUGAACAGACCAGUCGAGUGCCUCCCUGAGGCAACUUCAGACCCUGUGGUCAAUGAACCAGAGGUUGUCCUAACUUCGCCGCCUCCUCCACCUCGCCGACUGACUGUCGUAACAGAUGAGAUUUCAGUUAAAGAGGAGAGUUGUAACAGCACCCCUUCUCAUCAAGCUUGCUGCCCAUCCCUCAAUGUCACUGACAUGUUGCAUGGAGCUUCUGACAGGAAACAAAUUGUGACCAAACUUUUGGACCAGUCCUGCAAAGACAUCCGGAGAACCCAGUCAGAUGGCUGGAGCAGCGAAGAAGAUGAUGAUGUAUUUGACGCCGCAGGUCAGGAACUGACCUCCCUCCAAACAGGCCCACCCAUAGUGUCAGAGGAGGAACUGGCCAGUCUAGCACUCAUUACUCCUGCAAAGACCAGCCAGUAUUCAGGCUCCAGGGUCAAAGCUCUCAUCCAGAUUCUGCAGCAUCAGCUGGACCAGCAGGAACUGGUCAAAGAGUUCAUGGCUCUGGAGCAUUUGAAGCCCUCUGACAACUGUCUGGUGGGAAAAGCCCCUGAAAACAGAGACAAGAACCGCUACAGGGACAUCCUACCUUAUGACAAAACCCGUGUUGCCAUUGGAGAGAACCAGGACUACAUCAACGCCAGCUACAUCCGCAUGCAAGUCGGAGCUGAAGAGUUCUUCUACAUCUCCUGCCAGGGCCCCCUGCCCUCCACCGUGCAGGCCUUCUGGCAGAUGAUCUGGGAAAACAAGUCUGACGUCAUUUCCAUGAUGACCCAGGAAAUAGAACGGGGAAGGAUCAAAUGUCACAAGUACUGGCCCGAGAAGCUGGGUGUGCCUCUGAACACUGGCAGGUACCAGCUUCACCUGGAGAACCAACAGUAUCUGGAAUACUUUCACAUCAAGAUCAUCCGCAUGGUAGAGACGGAGACUGGUGAGACUCACUUUGUUCGUCACUUGAAGUUCACACACUGGCCUGACCACGGCGUGCCACACUGCUCCGAGCAGCUGGUUCGCUUCAUCCGCUACUUGAGGGCGGUGCACCACAAAGGGCCUGUCACUGUGCACUGCAGUGCUGGCAUCGGGCGCACAGGAGUUCUCAUCUGUACUGACAUUAUCCUCAGCCUCAUUGAAAGAGAUUUGCCUAUUAAUGUGAGCGACAUCGUAAAAGAGAUGAGACUUCAGCGGCAUGGGAUGAUUCAAACCAAGGAACAGUACCUCUUCUGCUACAAAGUCUGGUUGGAGGUUUUACAGGGGAUUUUACAGCUUCACGGCAACCAAUGGCAGCCAGAAAGUCCCAGAGACCACAAAGUUGUUUGAAUGUUUCCACCUCCAGUUCACCUACCUGUAAAGCACAGGCUGUGUAUGUUUGACCAUGUGCAGUCUAUCACAGCAUAGCGAUCCACUGGUGAGACCUUUUUCUUUGGCUGUCCUUAGUUUAGUUUGCUAUAAUAUGAAAUCUGUAUUCUGUUUUGCUACAAUGACUUCAACUUUAAUUUUUUUGUCCGUAUAUGUGUUCUCGGUGCUGUGAUUAUGUCAAUUUAAUUUAGAUCACUGAGGUUGUUUUGCCUUUUCAGGUUUAGUGAUUUGCCUUCUGUCUCAACUAUCUGUUUUUUAUUUUUAUUUUGUGUCACUAUUUGAUUGUAUCUCCUUUAUUUUUCUCCACGUCUUUUAAUUUGCAAAUUGCAUUUAUUUUUAACACUCAUAUUUGCAUGGAAUCUAAAAUCUGGUAAUAUUCGCAUCUUUUAUCUGGCAGCAAUGUCAUCAAAGUGCACAAGUAUAAGAUCAUCAAACCAAAGUUAGUGUCUGUCUAAAACCUUCAUGUUUAACAUUGAUUAAGCAUUGUGUUAUCAUUUCAUUUAAGUGCAUUUGUACCCUGGGGAAAGGGGCAAAAGACCAUUAUUGAUUUUUCAAUUCAUCAUCUAAGGAAAUGAAAAGAAUCAAGUGCCUUGGAAAGACACGCCCCACUUGCUCCAUAUUGACCCGAGGCCACUUGUCACAAGCGGUCAGGGACGGAGAGCAAGAGACUGAUUUGAAAGCACCUGACGGUGGUUAGAUUGAAUGUGCAGCUUUCAGUCUCUUAGUGGUCUGAGGUGGACAUUUGGUUGAUCCAAACCAGAGGAGGAUUACAUCUCAUCUUUUAGUUAGUUACUGUAAAUUGUAACUUGGAAACAGUGUGAUGUUUGCACACCGCCUGUCAAUCUUUUUUUGUUUGUGGGCUCAUUUUAUACAAAACACUAUCACAAGGAAAGUUUUACUACACAUUAUCAUAACUUGCGCAUCCUAAUACAGAUAAAGAAUGAUUCCACAUAAAAUAAAAAAAACAUUUUGAAUAAAUUCAUAAAUUUUCACUAUUUUACUAAAAUUUGGACUAGGCAUUAACACUAAGUGUUCAGAUUUUUUUUGUAAAACGUACAAAACUGAUUUAAAUGUAAUGUAAUUAAUUAGUCGCUGGGCUUUUAAGUGUAACUUAUGUGACAACAUCCUUUAUCUGUAUUCCAUAGCUAUUUUAAUACAAACUCAGCCAAAAAUGCAAAAAAUAUUAAGAGGUUUACAAACUUUCCAUUUUGCCACUUUAGAAAACUGAACAAAGCAACAGAGCUGCAUACAUCUUCAAGUUACAGAUCAAAGAUGAUUUAUAGCUGCUGGUUUGAACCUCAACCUUUGGAUGUCACUGCUUGUGAGCUUUGUUCAUUUAGCUGCUAUCAAAGACACACCAGCUCUCUUAUUGCAUGCAGACUCUUAAAGUACAGAUGUCUUAGCUUGGAGUUUGACCGAAUGACUUGAUCAAAAUGUGGAAUGUAACAAAGCAAUACUCUCCAUGAGGAGAGGGGAUCAGAAUGUCAAUUUCUUACCCGAUAGCAUCUUCCAAAGCGUUUGGAGCAUGUUGGUAAGACAUAUGCUGUACUGUACCUUUGCCAUGUGGAUGGCCAUGCAGAGCCAUCAGCCUCUGUACUGUGUAUGCAACAUCUUUUCACUCAGUGCUGGUCGGUUGGUUUCCAGCGACAGCUAACCCUCUGUUAUGUGCAAGUUCAUGUUCUCUUUGAGAUCCUGUUGAUAUGUUUUUCUUCCUCAGAUCUUGGGAAAUGAUUAUUCUUGAAAGAACAAACUGAAGCACAUUUUGCAUUCAUCUGUGAAAAUGCAUCUUGUACAGUCAAGCAAGUGCUUAUGCAGUAGCAUUGUGAAAUGUAAUAACCCUUAAUUGCACAACUGCUUAUUUAUGCUAAAUUAAUAUCUUGUCACUGUACCAGCCACUAUGUAACCAAUAACUGAGAACAAUGUAAUACCUCUCUCUUUAAUUAAACCCUAUUCUGAAACUUG